UGCCCGUCGCUUGAAAUAGAGGGAACGUUCGUCUCGCUCUGGUGUAACUCGGAAUACGUCACCGAAACGUGUUUUCGGCCGAUUGCUAUCUAAUCUCUCCUUUUCUGCUCUUGUGUUUGACUUGUUGUCCCAGUGCUAAUGGUUUGAGUGUUAAUUUUUGUGGUUGUUUCUUUUGAUUUGAUUGUGCCUUGUGCGUGUCGCCCCAUGUUGACCUGUGUUAGCGGCCUAAAUGGAAUAUCAUUUUUUUUGUCGGACCGUAGCUGAACCCCUUCUCCAGACCGGGUCCGCUGUUCUCGUUUAGUCCGGCAAGAAUUUUCCUGUAACCGUGCGCGCUUUGGACAGCGCCUCCGCCGUCAAGCUGGCAGCCAGUGCACUAGCCUCAAUGAAUCCUCACUACCAUCCUUACGGGGGGCCGGAGCUAACGUCUCCGCAUCCCCCCUCCCCCGAUAACAACAACUACCACGGCCACCCUGGACCUGGGGGACCUCACAAUCGUAUGCACCCGACGAACGGACACGCCAUAGGAACACUCGUUUUGCAUGCACACCACCACUGGGACUCUAGCAGUCACCCCAACGGCCCCCACGAGCAGCACCCGCACAACCACCACCAACACCCCGCCUUCACCAGCGCGGGACCCCCAUCGGACGGGCCCCACCACCCCCACCACAACCCCUCCAUCACCAACAACAACAACAACAAUAACAACAACAACACAGUGAAAGUAUGUGCGGGGUGCGGCGGCAAAAUCGUGGAACGGUUCCUCCUCCACGCGUUGGACCGCUAUUGGCACAACGGUUGCCUCAAGUGCUCGUGUUGUGCGGCCAUGCUGGCAGACAUCGGUACGUCGUGUUUCACCAAAGGCGGCAUGAUCCUCUGCAAGCAGGACUACAUGAGGUCCCGCAGGUUAUUUGGCAACACGGGCGCCUGCUCGGCGUGCGGGCAGACCAUCCCGGCCAGCGAGUUUGUGAUGAGGAGCGGCGGACCGUCGCCGCAGCAGCCGGGCGCGCCGCCGCACGUGUUCCACCUCAAGUGCUUCAUGUGCAGCAAGUGCUUGCAACCGCUGGUACCAGGGGACAGGUACUACAUGUUGGCCGGCAGUCUGGUGUGCGAGCAGGACUGGCACAAACUCCUGAAGAGCUCGGCGGCGACGCCCACGGUGCGCAAGGGCAAGGUGGGGCGGCCUCGUCGGAGCAGGGAUUGAAACGACGCCAAUCACGAGGCAGUUAAACCGUGGUAGCCGGGCGAGUGAGGGACGUGCAAUAAUUUUGCUAAAACAGAAGCAAUCCAUGAUUGGCAUUCUCUUGGUUCGGUGACCAUAAUCCCUAAAGACCACCCUGCAUAUCGUAUUUCGAAAAAUACCCCCCCGUUAAGUUCGUUUUCCGAAAUCGGAACGAGUGGACAGUGAGUUCGGAUGGAGGCAAUGCACUCUUAGUUGGCGCAUGCCGCAGUUGAUGGGCGUCGAAAGUGACGUUUGACACGAACACGUUGUAAGGUUAAUGUAUAGUGAUCGAAUUUAUCGAUGACAGUUUUUAUUUAGUAUGUUGUUAUUUUUGUAAAUAAUAAAGUAUUGUUAAUUAUGAUGA